UUGUUGCCGGAGCCGGAGGAAAAGUUGUCAGAAAAUAUUUAGGAGUUAAACGGAAUAGGCAAUCAUCUUUAAAAUUGUUUGUUCAUUUGUAAUUCUUGCACGUAAAAUUAGUGCAGAUAUGAAGAUAAUUACUUAUACUACAACUGCCUUUUUUCUUGGCUCUCUAACUCUGAAUGAAGCAAAAUUACGGGAGGGUGACUGUGAUGUUUGCAUCAAGUUCCUUACUAAAUUUGCUGAGAAGCUUGAUGGUAAGGAGAAAGGGCCUGAUGACAUUAGAGCAAAAUUAAUGGAUGAAUGCAAGAAAGCGAAAGGAAAGGAUCAUCGCUUUUGCUACUAUGUAGGUGGUACAGAGGAUGCUGCAACCAGUAUAUUAAAUGAAGUUACAAAACCUAUGUCCUAUCAUGUUCCUCCUGAAAAGAUUUGUGAAAAACUUAAAACAAAAGAUGCACAAAUAUGUGAUUUGCAAUAUGAACAGAAGAUUGAUGUUCGAAAUGUAGACUUGAAAAAAAUGAGAGUUAAACAACUGAGGAAAAUUUUACAGAGCUGGGAUGAGGAAUGCACUGGGUGUAUUGAGAAGACAGACUUUGUACAACGUAUUGAAGAACUGAAAGACAAGCACACUGAAUUAUAAUAAUAGUUGUAGUAGUAUUAUAUAUUGUUAAAAUUGUUAUUUAAUAAGACUGUUUUGUAACAUCA